AGCAGCCCGGGCCCGCCCGCAGCGCUGGCCGGCGAGGGACCAGCCCUGCGCGCCUGGGGGGGGAAGGGGGGGCGCCCCUCCCCCCCGAGCCCGAGGCACCGCCGAGGCCCCCCCCCGAGGCACUCACCGAGGCACUCGCCGAGGCGGUUGGUCCACGGACGCCCUCGCCCCGCCCGGGGGGGGGGCCGCCCAGCGACCGCGGCGCCCGCCCCUGUGCAGCCUGCCGCGGCCGCCGCGGGCGCCUGCGGGCGGUGCAGAGCUGCUGGCGGACGUGCGCUACGGGGCGAAGGACAGGACGCUGCUGGUCGGCGAGGCCAACUUCAGCUUCGCGGCCGCGCUCUGCCGAGCGCUCGGCGACGGCGCCGGCCUGACGGCCACUGCGCCCGAGCCGCGCGAGGAGCUCCAGGCCCGCCACGGCGCCGCCGCCGCGCGCCGGGCCGCGCGCCUGGAGGAGCGCCUCUGCGGCCUGCACUUCCGCUGCUCGGCCGCGGAGCUCGACCAGCGCUUCCGGCCGGGCUCCUUCGACCGCGUGGUCUUCAACUUCCCGCUCUGCGCCGCGCGCCCGGGCGGGGCCCCCGCGGAGGGCGACGGCCGCGGCGGCCCGCGGGCGGCUGACGCGCACGCGCGCGGGGCGCGCCAGGCCUACGAGGACCUCUCGGUGCUGCUGGAGGCGUUCUUCCCCGCAGCCGCGGCGGUGCUCCGCACUGGCGGCGAGUGCCACCUGCGCCUGACGGACCAGUACCUCACCGCGCGCGGCCUCCGCGCCGCCCCCGCCUGCGGCCUUGCGCUGCUCGAGCGCCUCGACUUCUUCGAUGCCUUCGAGCGCGUGUACCGGCCGCUCGGCUACCGCCCCGCGGUGGUCGCCCCGGGCGGCGGCGCACGCGGGCGCCGGGCCGGCUUCGACGUGAGGCACUCCACACCCUGGUCUUCCGCCGUGGAGGCCUGAGCGCGCUCCAGCGGGGCCCGUGACCUCGUUCGCGGCUCCCCUCGCGCCUCGGCCCCGCCUCUCCUCUCUUCAAACUCCAUAAAUCUUGCCCGCACCUUCGUUUCCGCCUCCUCCCAUAGCCAUCGCCUGACUGACAGGCAGCCAGCAGCCACUGGCUCCUGGUCGCUCGGCGGCCAGCG